AUGUCGCAAAACAACCAAGCUUUUUACCCAAACACAUCUGGUGGUGCUUCCUAUUAUUCGCAAGAGAUACCCCAACCACGACAGCCAUUCCCAGUUGUGGGUCAGGAUCUUCCACCUCCGCCAGACGGAUCCAAGCCGCGAAUUUCUAUAACCUUUUGGGAGGACGAGAACACCCUGUGUUACCAAGUGGAUGCUCGCGGAAUUCCAGUUUCGCGCAGACAAGACACAAAUUUUAUCAAUGGCACAAAAUUGCUAAAUGUAUCGCAGAUGACGCGCGGACGGCGCGAUGGAAUUUUGAAAGGAGAGCAAGUCCGGUAUGUGGUGAAGAUUGGAGCCAUGAAUCUGAAGGGAGUAUGGAUCCCGUUCGAAAGAGCAGUGGAGCUGGCCAGGGCCGAGGGAAUUUUCGAUGAGCUGGAGCCCUUAUUCAUUCACGACAUAAAGUCCUAUUAUGACCGCUACUAUAGCAAGUUGGAUGAAAGACAGAACCCUGGAGCCAAAGCUGCCGCCUUAGCAGACCAGCGCAGACAACAGCAACUGAUGCAAUCUCAAGACGGUGGUCAGAAUGCACAACCCUAUUCGGGAUCGUGGAGUUAUACAAGUCAACAGCAACAACAACAACAUGCCCAUCCAAGUUUAGCUCCAUCUUCUCAAAAUUACAAGCCCCCACUGCUGCAGCCAUACAGAGCUUCUCCACAGCAGCCUCAACCAGCAGCAACAGCAGGAGCUCCAUACUACUCUUACCAGUACCAACCUCUGCCCAGCCAGUAUCCGCCUCAACAGAGUCAAUCGUCAGGACCUGGCUUUGUUCCUCCUCUCUACCAAAAACAGACCCAACCACCCUAUUCUGGAGGUUACCAACCCUUCUCGUUCCAGCCGCUGCAGCAGAACCCUGUUCAACAGCUGCCUCCGCCUCAAUCAACACAGCAAUCUCAUUUGCAAUCGCAGAACCAAUACCAUCAGGGUGAGAAUUGA